AUGAGUAGAAAGGGAUUGGCAGUGAUGGCGGGGCUCGGAUUCGCGAUACGGUUCUUGGAGCGGUGGCGGCGCGCGCGACCAGCCCGAAAUGUACCAUUUUGGCUGGACUUCCAGUUCGGUUGGGCCCGACCGAACAUGGGGAGUUCAGUUUGUAAAUGGUACAGAGUACGGCUGGGGCUCCUCUCCUCUUCUUCACAAAUGGUGAAGAGGAGGAGAGGAGAUGGUGAAGAAGAGAAGGAAGAAGAAGACGAAGAAGAAAAAGAAGAAGAAGCGGAGGAAGAAGAAGAAAAAGAAGAAGCAGAGGAAGAAGAAAAAGCAGAAAAAAAAGAAAAAGAAGAAGGAAAAGAAGAAGAAGCAGAGAAAGAAGAAGAAAAAGAAGAAGCAGAGAAAGAAGCAGAGGAAGAAGAAGAAGAAAAAGAAGAAGAAGAAGAGAAGAACAAGAAGACUCCCAGUUCGGUUGGGCCCGACCGAACAUGGGGAGUUCAGCUGGGAAAUGGUACAGAGUAG